GAAGCGCGGUCACCGCAAGCGCUUGGAGGCAGCACGCUGCCGGAAGGGACGUGACAAGGAUGUUGGACUGGGACGAGCUGUGGCAAAGCGCAGCAUCAACAACGGCAGCCGCCAUGCAAGGGGUGAUCCGGCAUGGCUAGGCAAGUAUGGAGACGACUAUUUGCCACAGACUCGCAGGAACAACUUGAGGCGCAGCAUGUAUGAAGAAGUCUAUGAGGUUCAGGGGAUGCAGGCGGACUCUGUCUGGCUGACCGAUGAGGAGGACGAGGAUGUCCCUUUUCUUACUCUGGAAUGCUGGCUGGAUGUGGAGAUGAAAAAGUUGGAUGACCUUGAGGUCGCAUCCACAUGCACGUCCACAACGGCGGAUGUCGACUACGCAUCCAGCGUCUCUGACUUUCUGUCCUGCUCUGAGGAACCGUCGUGCAUGGCCUCUGCUGCCCCUAUCGUCCCGCAUCUCCCGCCCCUCUUGUGGCAGGCGGCGCUGAUCCGCGCAGAGCUGAGUGCUAUCGAAUACGCAGGGCAGCCUGUUGCAGGCACCAAGGCAACCAGGGCAGGGAGGAAACGAAAAGGCCGCCCACCACGCCCUGUCUUGAACGAGACCCAGAAGCUGGCCCAGGAGUUGAAGCGCAAAUAUCAAGUGAACCUGGACUAUGAUCUUCCCUCUGGUCCUUGCACUCCAUUUGAGAAGCUUCGCCUCCAGUUCCUGAAGGAUCAUGCCGAUGCCAUCUGUGGUCCGCUCUCCGGGCUCUACCUGGCUAGUUGCAGGCAGAUGCACUUGAAGCCAGCACCUGUGGAUCAAGCUGUGCAGGAUAAGUUUCUUGAUGCAUGUCAUCGGGCUCAUGACGGAGAGCUGCAGCCCGCACUUCAUGGCACAAACGAAUCCAACCUGACGUCCAUCUAUUCCCGCGGAUUGCUGAUCCCUGGCAGUGACAGCGGGGUGAAGGUUGCCAAUGGGUCCGUUCAUGGAGUGGGCAUCUACACGGCCUACGUUGAAAGCGCCUCCCUAUCCUGGUCCUACGCACGCGGCGAGCGUAGGCCCAUCCUAGUCUGCGGGGUGCUUGACCCCAGGAAGAACGCAAAAUCCUACCACGCGAAGGAUGAAGUGACCUACACAUGCAGUGCACGGAUCUUCUUCAGCGAGAAGCGCGUUGCACCUCUCUUCGAGGCGUCUCGAGGCAGUUUGGCAGCUGAGAGACCACCUCUAGCACCACCACCUCUCAAGCCAAAGACCAUUCGUCCCGAGUGGGUGGUGGUGAAGAAGCCCAAAGGCCCCGGGCCGCGGACACGGCCAAGGAGAGCAGCUACAAAUCUUCGCUCGGCGCUGAGGUUUCUCACCCGGCGCGCUGCGCGCAAGAGGCAAGCUUGA